CAAAUAUUUAUUAUAUUUUUGUUUUCUUCAUCUUACAACAUCAUUUUCAUCAUUAUUGUUGCAGUUGUUGUCGUUUGUUUAUCAUAAUCAUUCAUCAAACCAAAGUCAAAGGGUCCUUUACUAUAAUCUGGUCAACAUUAAGAAGACGGCGGCUUCAUCAUUAUUAUUACUUCCAUUAUCUCGAAAACAAAUCAUUCGAUUGAUUCUAAUUGCGAUGGUUUCGUUGACGAUCUUAGGGGCCGAUCUUCAUCCGAAUCAUCAUUCAUCAUCAUCAUUAACAAGCAGAAUAUUUGUCAAUGCUGAAUCUUCCGUAUUUGAUGAAUCAAGCCACAAACAAGUGAACGAUAAUGUUAAACAUUCCAGAAAUGCUAAUGAAUCACCAUUAUCGCCAUCAUCAUCGAGUAAAUUUGAUAGUGAACAAUUAAGACAUGUUGAACGACAAUUUUUGCGCAUAAUGGGCAUACCAACAAGACCCAAUCCAGCUAAACAUCAUAAAGUACCAGAAUAUCUAAUCGAUCUAUAUAGGUGGUUUAAAGAGAAUAACGAUGGAUCUGCACAUUAUAAACAGGAAGAUGAAUUAGAUGAUCAUCAAGAUAAUGAAAAUGUUGUUGAUCAAAUGCAAUCAAAUUCCUUGAUGGGUUUAACUACCGAAGAUUUGUAUGACAUACAAAACUCAUUUCCCCAUCACCAAAAUGAUUAUGAACAUCAUCGUCUCAUACGACGACGUCGAUCCACACAGUUAUCACGUGUAACAUUACAAGGUCCAUCAACAACAGUCAUUAGUCAUAAGACAUCAUCAUUAUCAUCGCAUCUCACAAAACCGAUAUCCAAAGGGAUUGAUCCUAAAAAUGUUAAGCCUAAAUCAUCAUCAGAUAAUGAUAAUAGAAAUACAAAUCCAGAAUAUUCAUCCAGGCAACAAACACAUAUAACUCAUCUAAAAUUCAAUAUUCAACUACCCAGUGAUGAAACAUUGACUGGAGCUGAAUUGCGUCUCUAUCGACAUUCUAUACACGAAAAUGAAUCAUCAUCGACAAAGGAGCCAAGAAUCAUCGAUAAUGAUUUAACACGAAAAAAUUUGCUAUCUUCGCAUAAUAAUUUUUGGCCAUCCGCAUAUCAAUCAUCAAAUGUGUUAAAAUCGGCUACUUUCGAAAAUAGUCAUCCAAUAAUUUCGAGAGUAAAUAAUUCUCUGUUCUCCUCCCCCUCCUCUAAUUCCGGUGAAGAGUAUUCGACACGUUCGACAUCAUCUGAUGUCAAUAAUGAUGAUCAUUAUCUACAGCGUGUCAAUAUCUAUCAUCUAUUACGACCAUUAUCUAGAGAUGAGCAACAGCAACAACAAAUGGCAAGUGAAACCUUAUUUAAGAGAUCAAAAUUGAUUGAUACACAAGUGAUCGAUGUACGUGAUUCGGGUUGGCUGAGUUUCGAUGUUUAUCCAGCCGUCGAAUGGUGGCUAAAACAUCCGACGGAAAAUUAUGGCCUAUUGAUUACUAUUAAAAAUCAUAAUGGCCUAUAUGAAUCAUCGCAUUCCAAUUUGUUUGUAUUCAAUUCAACGAUCACAAAUUCCGGCCAAGUGCAAUCGGCAACAAGUCAUCAACAACAACAGCUUAAAAUUGAUGAUAAUCAUGAAUGGCAUGAACUGCAGCCUUUGAUAAUAACAUUUUCAAAUGAUGCUCGAACGCAUCAACACUAUCUGAUGAGUCGAGAAAAGCUGUUGAAUCGAUCAAAACGUGAUCGUAAGAGAGGAGGAAGUGGUGGAAUGAGAAAUGGUCAAUCAAAAAAUUAUAGCCAACAGCGACCCAAAAAGAAGAGCCACAAAAAUAGCUCCAAACAACGAAAUAAUUGUCGCCGAUAUCAUAUGUUUUUUGAUUUUAAAGAUGUAGGCUGGAUGGAUUGGAUUGUUGCACCACCCGGCUAUCAGGCCUUCUAUUGUAAAGGUGAAUGUUCAUAUCCAAUGUCACAACAGAUGAAUAAAACGAAUCAUGCUAUCAUACAAUCGUUAAUCAAUUCGGUCAAUCCUGCUGUCGUACCGGAGCCAUGUUGUAUACCAACGGAUCUAUCAUCUGUCACAUUACUAUAUCUUGACCAUCAUGAAAAAGUGGUGCUCAAAAGCUAUCCAAAUAUGAUCGUCGAAGGAUGUGGUUGUAGUUAGAAAUAAAACUAAUUCCAAAUAAGUUAUUGAGAAAGAUUUUUGAAAAUAACCAAAAAAAA